GGCAUUCAGCGCGCGCGCCAGUGGCGUGCUCAAGUGGAAGACGGCACGCGUCAAGACUAAUGUCUUCAGAUGCAGCAAGCCAUGGAGGCGUUAAACGGAGCAGAUGUAUGCUCUGGUCACAGUCCUAAGCUAAAACUCCACAACCGACAGACGCUGUGAGUGUUUCAUCCUCAGAAUGUGUGCUGCGCAGCGGCUGCUGCUGCUGCUCGUGGUGUCGGAGUGACUGUCCUGCUGCACGUGGCGGCAACUGUCAGGGGAACAAGAUCCCCCAUGGAGAUACCGGUGUAGAGGCAGAAUACAAACAACACAACGACAACAACUUUACAUGUCGAGGUCAGGAUAUGAGAAGCAAGCUUAACAGUCUGGUAUUUGACACAUACCAGAUUUAGCUGGGAAUAAGAUAUAUAUAUAUCUCGAUUAACGGUGAAAACUCACAAGAGUUUAGUGAGAAUUUUUCCCCCCAAGCUUUUAAUUACCAGCAGCCAAUUUUCGAAACCUCUUAUCACAGAAACUUAGACCAAAACGACUGAUACAGAAUGGUGUUCUCAAAUCCAGUCAACUGACAUCUGUUCAAUGUAAAAUCAAGACAGUGUUAAUCAACUUCUUUGAUGAUAUUCCCACGAUUUUCCUCAUUAUCUUGUCUUUCCGAAUCUUCAAAGCAAGGUUUACUUUCUGGUCGAGGCGCGUCGGGUACAAACCAUCCCCUACCCGGGCAUCAGGGAAGGCAGGCAAAACACACCUGCAAAAAGUGUGAGUAGAGGUGCGACUCACCUGACAGCAACAAAGACAAGUAGAAAAGAUUCCCAAGCGACAGAGAACGUUAUUUCGUAUCCUGGAAGUGACGCAACAACAAGAGCAGAGACCAGUUCACUGUGCUCUAGAUAAGUCGUUUCGCCCUCCUGCGAGCUUCCUAAGAGAAAUAGAUAUCUGGUUCCAUUUAACACUCAGGAUCACUUCUUGGCAUUUCUUCCAAGAUGUAAUGUGGAGGAAACUGGUUCAGCAAAGAACACGUGAACACACAAUAUUUGAACCUGCUAACUUCCACUUUCCACUGACAGCAUCCCCCUGCCGUCAAGUGCAAGACUGGGUGGAUGAAAAAUGCAUGGAUAUUUUUUCUUCAGUUGAGAAAAUUUUGAUUAUCGUUUCCUACGAAAGACCAUAUUGCAAUUUUUCAUGUCUGCUUGUUUGCAGAUACGUCGUUUCUGAGUGAUUUGGACAUCCUGAAAGUUUUGUUGUUGUUGUUGUAAUAAAGAAUAUAUCGUGUUAAUCAGCAAUACAACACAACUACUGUAUUUUGAUAUACAGUGUUUAUUUUCACUUUUUCAUAUUAUCAUAGUUUCAUCCUAAACACUUUUACGUUUACAUUCGUCUUUUUGAGGAGCGUUAAACGGCAAGGCUUCGUCAGGUGUUGUAUAAGUUGCCCAAGAGAACAGUCGUCCAGGUGUUGUAUAAGUUGCCCAAGAGAACAGUCGCCAGGUGUUGUAUAAGUUGCCCAAGAGAACAGUCGCCAGGUGUUGUAUAAGUUGCCCAGGAAAGGACUAAGUUCUUCAUUGUCGCUCUAAAAUUACGGAGACAAAGACUUCAUAAGUCGCCCUCGAACAGAUUACACAGGGCACUGUGUAAGUAAACAAAAACCUCCCACAAAUAAAAACAAAGGAGUCUCCAGCCACUGUCACGUGCAGCAUGGGCAACACACCGACGGUUGCCUGCAUUGACCGCGGGGACAAGGACUACCUGAACAAGUACCUGACACCACAGCAGAUCCACGCCGUGCAGGAGACGUGGGACAUCAUGAAAGAAGACCUGCCCACCCUGGGUGUCACAGUCUUCCUCAGGCUGUUUGAGACUGAGCCGGACCUGAAGCGCCUGUUCCCGAAGAUCGUACGGCUGAACGAGGUGUCGCAGCUGGAGAUGGACGUGGACCGCGACAUGCUGCAGCGCCACGCCGUGACGGUGAUGGAGGGCCUGGGCGCCGCCGUGGAGAGUCUGGAGGACUCGGACUUCCUCAACAGCGUCCUCAUCUCCAUCGGACAGACGCACGUGCGCCGCAGCGUCAAGCCGCAAAUGUUAAAGCGCCUGUGGCCGUCGCUCAACUACGGCUUCAUCAAGAUGCUGGGCGCGCGGUACGACUCCAGCACCGCCGAGGCGUGGCGCCGCCUGUACUCCUACAUCAGCCUGCAGAUGAAGAAAGGCAUGGAGAACCCGGACAUCGAGACACUGGAGGACGGCCCAGACCACCUGGGAUGACAUUCACCGGACUCCACCACCAACUCUGACUUUCAGAUGUCGCUCGACAGGACCGUUAGAUGACGUCAUAGCGGCUCUCCGUCGUCUGCUGGCAUCAGUCUGGAUGACGUCAUUGCGCUGCUACAUUCUGUGUGUGUGUGUGAGAGAUAUGGAGAGAUAGAGAAAAAAAGAAAAAGAAAAAGAAGAAAGAUAUGAAAAAGAUUUUCCUUACAAUAACUUUUCCCUAUUGCCAACACUGGAUUGGUUGACUGUAUGAAUGCCGUUAACUCUUUUGUCUAUAAAUGUAUCAACUGAGACAACCUGAGCCAACCCUCAGGCAGUUAAUUUCUCGCUUUAUUCCGCUCAUAUCCAUAUUUUUUCUUUCUUUCCGCUUUCAGAUUAGUGCACACCUGUAGGUCGACGCUCACAUUUGCUUUUAUAACGAACUUGAAGGUUGCUGAAACAUUUUCAUGAUAUUGUGUCGCUCCACUGCGAAGGUCCCUGGUUCGAUACCUGCUGAGGCCUGCGGCUGAAGCAUCCCUCGAACAUGCCUGCCCAUGCAGUAAAUACUUACCAGAAAUGAGUACUUGAUGUAUCAGGGAGGUAAAGGCGGCAGAGAGCACUGGGGCCGUGCUUAGAGACUUUUAGCCACUCACAGUGCACCAACGGAUACUAAGUUAUGGGAUUAUUUAUCGUUACCUUUUUCACACCUGCUAAGCAUGCCAUGCAGUUUUUUUCAUACAAUGAAAGUCGCACUCUCACUUGCUAAUGUUGUCCUCAGCAGAUUUAUCUUCCCUUGUGUCGUGGAAGUCUCUAACACCAAAGAUCGCUUGUUGCCUCCAUUCCACCUGACUACAGGACCGGUGCUCAAGUAAGGAAUGUUUGAACUAAACACGUUUAGAGUCGUUCUAACUUUCUAUCGUUCAAUCCUCCACACCUCUCGCAGGGAAAGCUUGGGUGGACAAACCAGAAGACACAAAGAGGCCUCAGGUGUUUGCGGCAUGUCCUCAAAGCUGACCUUUAUGUAUCAUCAGGUGUUUUCGAUGAAAAGGUCAGAGAAGUCUCUCUCUUUCACUCUCUCUCUCACUCACUCUCACACACACAUUUAGCUCCUACAGAUGAGAGGCCAUCGAGAACAUUUCCCUGAGGUCAGUGUAAUCCCCAAAGCUACUUUUCCUUGACAUUUAGCCGGCACCAGACAAUAUUUUAAGUUACUGUCACAGAGAACAUGACAGUGGGAAGAGAAGAAAGCUUGUCAUCAGCUGUGUAUGUGACUGGUUUCCUUUCCAGAAUGUUCUUCAACUACUGCUAUUGCUUUUGCCUCAUCUGACAUCAAUAACUAUACCAAUAACGAGGCUGACUGCAUGAAUGAGACAACACAACUCAAGAAGAAUUUUCAAGAAAACAAAAAACUGACAUACAGCAAGUUGCCCAGGUAACACAGCUUUUACAGAAGACAUUCUCCACAAAAUUCGUAGUGAGGGCACGGAAAACCCGAGUUUCUUCAUGUAAACCAGUGUUUGUGAACAGUGACAAUUUAUAGACAUGACAAGUGAUGACACACACGGUUGGUAUUAAUUGUUUUGUUGGUGUUAAUUGUCAGGCGAAUGUCAUAUUAGCUUUACAUGAUUGAAAUGAAAGACCAUCGCUGAACAUUUCAGGCUUUUCACGCGCGAGCUUGCUUCUAUCACACACAUCUUUUGUUUCCAUAGCCGUAUAGGUAAUAAAGCAAUAAGAAUACUUGACUUUGAUGUGUUGUGUAUAUGUGUGGAUAUAAAGAUUACACGUGAUUUUAAUUUGCUGUGUUUUGUUCUAU